AUGAUUUGGAGUGACCUCAUCCAACGAGUAAUCUUCCUUUAUCUUAUUGGACUUGGAACCUUAGGAAACACACUUAUAUUUGUGAGACAUGUGCACACAUUUAUCACAGGUUCUGAGAAAAAACCUAUAGACCUUAUCUUCACUCAUCUGGCGUUUUCAAAUGUAAUUAUUAUUUGUACUUCAGGGGUCAGAUAUAUAGCCACAGAACUUCAUUUCAAAAAUGUUCUGGGCAAUGCGGGAUGUAAAACUGUGGUUUAUCUGGGAAGGGUUGCCCGUGGCCUCUCCAUCUGCACCACCUGUCUCCUCAGUAUGGUCCAGGCUGUCACCAUCAGUCCUAGAACCUCCUUGUGGAGAAAGCUCAAACCUCAGUCAGCAUUGCAAGUUCUUCCCUGUCUCCUCCUCCUUUGGAUCGUUAAUGUUCUCACAAGCUCCAACUUGAUUCAUCAUAUCACAGCGGGCAGCAGUUUGAAUAGAUCUACAGCUGGUGUAUAUGAUGGGUAUUGCUAUAUGCUGCCAUCUAGGUAUAUAGUUAAGUGGCUUUUCCUCUCUCUCAUGACUCUUCGUGAUGUCAUCUUUCAGAGUCUCAUGGGCUGGAGCAGUGGGUACAUGGCUCUCCAUCUGUAUAAACAUCACAAGAAUGUCCUCUACCUUCAUAGCUCCAGGAUUGCAAAUAGUGCCAGCCCAGAAAUCCGAGCUACAUGGAGUGUUCUCAUUCUUAUGACCUGUUUCCUCUUCUAUUACUUGGGGGAUUUCAUUUUAUCCUUCUACGUUGGUUCUGUCUUGACUCUUGACUCCAUAAUACUGAAUAUUAAAAUAUUUCUAGUAAUUGGCUAUUCUGCUCUAAGCCCCUUUGUCCUGCUAAUAAAGGAUUUCCAUCUGUUUCGUUGCUGGCACACUCAUUGGGGAGUCGAGAAAACAGAUUUUUAUAACUACCCCUCUAAUAACUAA